CCCCGGAAACAAAAUCUGCGCCUCCUCGUACCCUGAACAGCUGCUAGGUCUGCACAAGUUUCUGAAGCUGGCUCAGUCACAAAUUGUCCUCCCGAAUGUCUACCUCAACAAAAUAUCAUCAAGCUUCGAGCGCAGCAUUUGAAGUCCAUAGUGGGGACAUGAACGGCCCUCAGUCCCAGUCUGAUCGGCUCGGAGCUCGACCGAUGGCUGAGAAGGGAUCUGCCAACCACUCAUCUCCGACAUCCAAACACGAUGAAUGUGAAGAACCUGACCUAGUAUCCCCAGGGGUUGCUCGCAUGGCGGCGAUUGCAAACGUUCUAACAACCCCCAAACGAGUGUCGCUCUAUCUGAGCUUUUUCAUAGCCGGUUACGCAUUUGGCUUGGAUUAUCUCGUGCGCAACACCUAUUUGGCGUACGCCACGGCUUCCUAUCAACAACACUCUUUGCUGGCUACUGUCAAUGUCAUUCGGGCAGUCGUCGUAGCUGCCCUCCAACCCUCGUUGGCAAAGCUCGCCGACGUCUUUGGCCGACUCGAAGUCUUCAUCUUCGGCGUCGUUGUCUACACAGUGGGCAGCAUCGUGGAGGCCUGUGCCAACAAUGUCGGAAGCUUUGCAGGCGGCGCGAUUCUCUACCAGCUAGGCUACACAACCUCGCUCUUGAUAAUCGAGAUCAUGCUUGCGGACGUCACGGCAGUCAAGAAUCGACUCUUCUUCGCCUUCCUGCCCAACUUCCCUUAUAUGAUCAACUCCUGGGUCAGCGGCAACGUCACCUCGGCAACGCUUUCGAGCACCACUUGGAGAUGGGGCAUCGGGAUGUUCUGCAUCAUCUACCCACUAUGCGUCAUGCCUCUAAUUAUGCUUGUGGUCCUUCUCGGGCUUCAAGCUCGCAAACAAAGCGAUCGAGAGAGACGAUACCCUCCGUUGUUCUCGUCGCUCAGGACGAUCUUCUGGGAGCUUGACAUCCCCGGAGUCUUUUUGAUGACGGCUUCGCUGGCAAUGAUCAUGAUCCCUCUGACCCUGGCGGGCGGAGUUGGCAAAAAAUGGACCCAGGCCGGUAUACUGACUCCCCUGAUCCUCGGAUUCGCGUUGAUGCCCGGUUUUCUGUACUGGGAACGCAAAUCGUCGCACCCCCUGCUGCCGUUCUACCUCUUCAAGGACCGCAUGGUGUGGGCGUGCUUGGUGAUCGGUUGCUUCUGCGUCGCGGCGUACAUGACGCACGCCAGCUACCUGUACACCCUCCUCGUCGUGUCGUACGAUUUCAGCGUCGAAUCCGCCACUCGCAUCGCCUCUGUGUAUUCGUUCUGCGCCGUCCUCUCUGCCGCGCUCCUGGGUCUGGUCGUCAUGAAGGUGCGCCGGUUGAAGGCGUUUGUCCUGGGCGGAGUCGUCCUCUCGUUCAUCGGCGUCGGACUGUUGGUCAAAUACCGAGGCGGUCCUAAUUCCAAGGCCGGCGUCAUCGCCGGCGAAGUCAUUGUCGGGAUCGCGGGGGGCUUCUUCCCGUACCCGAGUCUGGUUCUCAUUCAAACCGUCGCGAAGCACCAGCACGUCGGCAUCCUCAUAGGUCUCAUGUUCACCGUCAACUUUCUGGGGCAAGCCAUCGGAGGCUGUGUGUCGGGCGCCAUCUGGACGCAGACCCUGUACGACCAACUCAGUAAAAACCUGGCGCCGUUCAACAACGCGACGCUGGCCCCCGCCAUCUACGCCGCCCCUUUUUACGUCGUGCCGGAAUACCCGACCGGCACUCCGCAGCGGGACGCCAUCGUCGCCAGCUACAGUCACAUCCAGCGCCUCUUGACGACGACGGCCGUUGGACUCACCGUUCCCGUGCUCAUCGGCGCGCUUUUCUUGCGCGAUCCGAUAUUGGCGGACGGGCAAUCGCAGCUAGAAGCGGAGGAGCGCGAGGAGACGGUCACGCACCACCCAGAAAUGAGGGAUCAACAACACUGGGCGCGCAGGCUGUGGCGGGCUUUCUGGUCUUAGAGAUCCAGCACGGCCUACGUGGCCAGACAUCGAGCUAGCCCAUACAGAGGCUAGAUUGAGUCUAUACGAAAAGGAUCGGAGAUGGACGUCCGAGAGAGGGUCGAGUACAGAGCGGGUUGACAUGUACGUGCCUCGGUGGAAGUUGCCUUCGUUCAUACAUGGGACCGUAUGCCCUGAUAUGGUGUGGACGAUGCUAUACACAAAGUAGUAGGACUGCGACGUAGAAGGAUACACAGCACCAAAUGCUACGUAAUGUAAAUUACAAUCAACGUUGUACAUUGACA